AAAACAGUAGAUUAGGCAGUGGCGUCUCCACCAGGGAACUAUGCGUUUAACGCGAAACGUAAAUAUUACGCAAUACAGUGAAUUUGACGCUCGAUAAAUGAUUUGAAAACAAUAAAUGUGACCGAUAAUCGCGUGAGUGGUGUCGGAGGAUUGAUUGGCGUUAUUUCGCUAGUGAAAGUGUCGAACGGUGUGAAAACUGAUCGUUUUACAACCUGGCCGCUCUCGGAGAAAUGUCAAAAUGGCGUCUUCGCAGGACGCUUGGUACCUUUCGCUGUUGGGUUUAGCCGAAAAUUUUCGUACUUCGAGCCCGCCGAAUAUAAAAUCGUGCAUUCAGUGUCUGCAGGCCGUUUUUAACUUUAAGCCGCCGCCCCGGGUCGAAGCCAGAACGCAUUUACAACUGGGCAACAUCCUACUCACGCACACCAAAAACAUUGACCUGGCGCGAUCCCACCUCGAACAAGCGUGGAUGUUGAGCCAAAAUAUCAAUGCCUUUGAUGAUGUGAAAUUUGAAGCAGCGAGUGUUGUUGCCGAACUGUAUGACCAGCAGCAACAAUCAAGUCUUAGCAAACCGAUCUUGAGAAAGGCCAUAGAACUCUCACAGCACAAUGUUUACUGGCAUUGUCGGCUGAUUUUUCAGCUCGCUCAAAUCCAUGCGUCGGAAAAAGACCUUGGGGUAGCCGGUAGUUUGCUCGGAGUUGGAGUAGAUUAUUCUCACAUAAGUAACGCUAGCUACACUCGUGUUUUGUUUUUACUAAGUAAAGCAAUGGUUUUAUUGAUAGACAAAAAAUUUACCGAGGUACCAGCGCUCCUCAAUCAAGCUGGGCAUCUUAUCGAAACUUGGCAGGCUAGUCCACACCAAAAAGAAUAUUUGAAAGUGUAUUUCUUAGUGCUUCAAGUUUGUCAUUGUCUCAUGGCUGGUCAAGUAAAAAGUGUUAAACCUUGCCUCAAACAGUUACAACAAAGUAUACAAACGAUAAUGUCACCAAGUUGGCCUUCCGACGAAAUAGUCACUGGUUCAAAUAUCGGAGACAUGUUUGUAUGGAUGCCCAAAGAACAUUUGUAUGUUUUGGUUUACCUCGUGACUGUUAUGCAUUCCAUGCAGGCCGGUUAUAUGGAUAAAGCUCAAAAAUAUACUGACAAGGCUCUCACGCAGAUUGAAAAACUCAAGAUUGUUGACAACAAGCCGAUACUAUCUGUAUUUCAACUAAUGCUAUUGGAGCACAUUGUUAUGUGUCGGCUUGUUAUGGGAAACAAAAGUUUAGCCCUUGCAGAGAUAUCCCAGGCUUGCCAACUUUGCAGGCGGCAACCGCGACUCUUACAAAGUCAUAAACCACAGUUACAUGCUCUGUUGGGACUUUACGCUAUGUCAAUGAAUUGUAUGGAGGCGGCAGAGGCACAAUUCACAGCUGCACUCAGAACAUCACAGGAAAGAGAACUUUGGACAUUUGCAAAUUUAAAUUUAGCAAUAGUUUACCUCAGAACGAAAAGAGACGCUGAAUUAGGUGCGCUACUUGAAAGGAUAAACCCUGAAUCUUUACCUUCACAUUCCCACUCUUUACGAGCGGCGGCGUACUACGUUCAAGGACUUCAAGCUUUCUUUGGGGCCCGAUAUAACGAAGCCAAAAGAUAUCUUCGGGAAACUCUGAAAAUGGCCAACUCCGAAGAUCUCAAUCGGUUGACAUCGUGCAGCUUAGUUCUACUGGGUCACAUAUUCCUGUCUCUUGGAAAUAGUAGAGAAUCCAUGAAUAUGGUAACGCCUGCAAUGCAACUGGCUUCCAAAAUACCAGAUGUACACGUCCAAUUAUGGGCUAGUGCAAUUCUCAAAGAUCUCUACAGAUUAUGCGGUGAUCCAAAUCGUGAAAGUGAAGCGUAUCAGACGCAUUGCAAUUUUUCUCAGAUGCUAUUAAAGGACCAUUUUCAAAGCACCCAAAUGGGCGAGCAUACGCUAAUUCAGUGGACUGACGGACCUAUCCCCCCUCUGCCAAGCAAUCCACCUCCAUCCACGUCUCAAGGUGUUCUCUAACCAAUCCUAAAAAAUUGAACGAAAUAACCUACUCGCGGAUUUACUUAAUAAUUUGAUAUCAUCGUCGGUCAUGAUUGCCCCCUGGACUUUGACAGUGGCUGUAAAACCUGUUUUUGAGGCAAGCAUGAAUGGCAGUACAAUAAUUGUGUCAAAACUCAAAAUGCCAGACGGACCUAAAGCAGGUAUAAGAGUUGAAUGCUGGGAGGCAAAAAUACACUCUGAGGAGGAUCAAGAUUAUAUUAGAGAUUAUUACGAAAAAGAAAGUGCCGAGGAAGUAAACUUGCAUUAAAUUAGCGUGUAGCAACGCUCUUUGUACCACAUACAAAUCUAGCCACGUUGAUUCUAAUGUGUUGAAAUUUUUUUUGUACUUUAUUAUGAUCCACAAUGUUAGAAUCCUUGUUGCAACACUCUCUUCAAAAAUGUCUACUUGUUGGAAAGAACCUAUUGCGCUUCUGUUGCUAAUCACUCAUACUUUUUCACAAUUUAGAAGUGUCAAAUUUAUUGACCCUUAUAUCAUAUAAUUGAGGUUUUCUUGGAUUCAUUACUAUGAACAAAAUUCUCUUUUCGUUUCAAAGUGACUCCUAGACUGAUUAGUCUCUGAAAUUAUGUCAUGCUUGUAUUUCGUUUUUCAUUGAUUGAUUUCCGUUAGAAGAAGG